UCUUCGAGGGGUUCGCGGCGAGGAAGGGGUGGCGGAGGAUCGCAGAGGAGCGGGACUAUGGGGCGUGCGCUCUUCUGGGGAACUGGGGUCCGCGCCUGGAGGCGGAGCCACCGCUGGGUGGGGCGCGGGCCGCCCCCUCCCAGCUCCCCCGCGGCGCAGGCGGGCCCCGGGAGGGGACGGAGGCGGUGGCCGCCCGCGGCCGGCCCACAAUGAGGACAGCGGGCUGCGGUGAGUAAGCGGCGGCCGGCCAGGCCGGGCCACGCGGGCGGCGGCUGCUCGGGCAGGUCGGGGCAGGCCGGGCGGGCGGAGGCAACGGGAGCCGAGCCCGGAACCGAGCGAGGACACCGAGACCCCGCCCCGCUCCGCCCCGUUCCGCCGGUGGGCGCCCCGAGCUUCGCGCCGCGCCGCAGCCGGAAACCGGCCCCGCGCGGCGGCCACCGGAGCCCAGCCGUAGCGGGAGACUGAGCCGGAGCCCGAGCCGGAGCCGGGGCCCGCGCCGGCCAUGGCGGGGCCGCGGGGCGCGCUGCUGGCCUGGUGCCGCCGCCAGUGCGAGGGUUACCGCGGCGUGGACAUCCGCGACCUUAGCAGCUCCUUCCGGGACGGCCUGGCCUUCUGCGCCAUCCUGCACCGGCACCGGCCCGACCUGCUAGACUUUGACUCACUUUCCAAGGACAAUGUCUUUGAGAAUAACCGCUUGGCCUUUGAAGUGGCUGAAAAGGAGCUGGGGAUCCCUGCUCUCUUGGACCCCAGUGACAUGGUCUCCAUGCGUGUCCCCGACUGCCUCAGCAUCAUGACCUACGUAUCCCAGUACUACAACCACUUUACGGGUCCCGGCCAAGCUGAUGUCACACCACCCAGAAAGGACCUGGCGCCUUCCUCCCCUCCAUCUACAGCACCUACCACUGUGGAACCAGAAAACGAGGCUCAGGGUGAGGAGCUGUCCUCAGGUGGCCUGGCAGAGCAGGGACCCCACCAGCCUCCCAGCAGCGUGUGUGCGGCCUGUGGACAACGUGUGCACCUGGUGCAGCGGUACCUGGCCGAGGGCAGGCUCUACCACCGGCACUGCUUCCGGUGUCGGCAGUGCUCCAGCACACUGCUCCCUGGGGCUUAUAAAGUUGGUCCUGAGGAAGGCACCUUUGUGUGUGCAGAACGCUGCACCAGGUUGGGCCCAGGGGGCCGGGCUGGAUCCAGGCCUGGGUCCCUCUCACAUCCAAAGCAGCAGCAAGUCACAGAAGCCAAGGAUGGUGAUGGAGGUGGCCCCAGCUUGAGUGCGGCUGCAGGGGUUGAUGGAGAUGAACUCAAGACAAGCCCUGAGACCCGGCCGCAGAUCCCUAUCAAGCCCCGGAUUCCCAGCAAGCCCCAGGAGCUGCCCAGUCCCCCCACCAGCCGGCCCACGCCUGCCCCCAGGAAGGCCUCUGAGAGCACAGCCUCAACACCCCCCAUGCCACGGCCCCGGUCUAGCCUGCAGCAGGACAGCUUGGCGGAGCAGGGUGGUGGCAGCAGCCUGGUGAACGGAAAACUGCAGGACCCCCCUGUCCCCAAGCCAAGAGGGACACCCAAGCUGUCAGAGAGGAUGCCAGCCCUGAGAAAGGACCCCCCAUGGAUCACACUGGUGCAGGCAGAGCCAAAGAAGAAGCCAGCCCCACUGCCCCCCAGCAGCAGCCCUGGACAACCAAGCCGGGCCGGCAGGCAGGUGGAGAAUGGAGGUGUGGAGGAGGGGGCCCAACAGAGCCCUGCGUCCAGCCUGGAGCCCAAACCCUACAAUCCAUUUGAAGAGGAGGGAGAGGAGUCAGAGGAGUCAGCGGUGCCUAGUUCAACCUCCAGCCCUACCCCGGCCCCUUUGGAGUCCACCCCUAAGUCCCUGCACCCCUGGUACGGCAUCACUCCCACCAGCAGCCCUAAGACAAAGAAGCGCCCUGCCCCGAGAGCACCCAGUGCAUCCCCACUCGCUCUCCAUGCCUCCCGCCUCUCACACUCGGAGCCCCCCUCAGCCACACCAUCACCAGCCCUCAGCGUGGAGAGCCUGUCUUCUGAGACCUCCAGCCAGGCUGCCAGCGGGGAGCUUCUAGAGCCACCUGCAGUGCCCAAGAGCUCCUCCGAGCCUGCUGUACAUGCGCCAGGUGUCCCCAGCACCCCUGGGAACUCGGCUGACUCCUCCUUAUCCUCCUCUGGGGAACUGGCACAGACUGGCAGGGAGCCGGUGCUGCAGGCCAGGACUAGGGGCAGCCCAGGCUCCCAGCCAGCCAAGCCCUGCAUUGGUGCCACUCCCACCCCUCUCUUGUUGGCUGGAGAUAGAAGCCCUGUGCCUUCCCCCGGUAGCUCGUCCCCACAGCUCCAGGUCAAGUCUUCCUGCAAGGAGAAUCCUUUCAACCGCAAGCCAUCACCUGCAGCGUCUCCAACUGUAAAGAAGACCACCAAAGGAGCCAAGCCAGUGAGGCCACCUGCCCCUGGGCACGGCUUUCCACUCAUCAAACGCAAGGUCCAGGCUGACCAGUACAUCCCUGAGGAGGACAUCUGUGGAGAGAUGGACACCAUCGAGCGCCAGCUCGAUGCCCUGGAGCAUCGCGGGGUUCUGCUGGAGGAGACGCUCCGUGGCGGAGCAAACGAGGGCCGUGAGGACGACAUGCUGGUGGACUGGUUCAAGUUGAUCCAUGAGAAGCACCUGCUAGUGCGCCGUGAGUCGGAGCUUAUCUACGUCUUCAAGCAGCAAAACCUGGAGCAGCGCCAGGCUGAUGUGGAGUACGAGCUCCGGUGCCUUCUCAACAAGCCAGAAAAGGACUGGACAGAGGAGGACCGGGGCCGGGAGAAGGUGCUGAUGCAGGAGCUGGUGACCCUCAUCGAGCAGCGCAAUGCCAUUGUCAACUGCCUGGAUGAGGACCGGCAGAGGGAGGAAGAGGAAGACAAGAUGUUGGAAGCCAUGAUCAAGAAGAAAGAGUUCCAGAAGGAGGCUGAACCCGAGGGCAGGAAGAAGGGGAAGUUCAAAACCAUGAAGAUGCUGAAGCUGCUGGGAAACAAGCGUGACACCAAGAGCAAACCUCCUAGGGACAAGAGCUGACAGCGAGGGAAGGUGCAACACUGCCCCUCCCGAUCCUCAUAGCUAGGGGAGCCCCUGCUGCCCUUGAAUUCUUCAAGGGGAAGAUGCCCUUGGGAGGGCGUCUCUGGGUGAGCCUCUCCCUCGUUAGGAUACUCUGGCUGGUCUGGACCAAAGUUUUCUUCCCUCUUCUCUGUAUCCCAGACAGCUUGACUCAGCCUUACCCAGUGGGAUUCUGAAGACUCCAGAUGCUGUGAGAGAUCCAGGGGCAAGCAAGGACCCAGGGUUCUGGGAGGGACAGUGGACGAACAUAUGUACCCUUGUGGGGCAGCUCCUCAGCCCCUCCUCUCUUUUGAACUAGGCAGAAUAGGAGCUUCACCAUCAGAGUUCUGCUCAUGGUAGACCUUGCCUGGGGCUUCUACCUCCUGGCUUCUGCCCCAUGUGGCUUUUUCCUGCCCAGCCCUGGCCCUGAGUCUCUGUCUUCCUGUUCAGUGCAGGUGCUCCUGACUCUUGUCUCCUUGCUAGGAGCUCUGUGAAGAAGUCUCAAGGUCCAAUUAGUUGGGUCUGUGCUAUGUCAGAUGAGAACAGGCCUAAGGAGCAAAUCCUGCCUCCUCUUCCUCAGUUCUAGGAGGUUCUUCUCUCAUCUCCCCUAUUCCACGGGAAGCCUCACCCACCACACAGGGCCUUGAUGGUUGUGCCAGGACAGGUGGGUGCCCCUUGUAGUUGUCUCAGUGCUGAGUCUCUGGGAAUGGCUCUGUGGAGGGCAACCCUAGUCGAAGUUCUGGUCCCGAUCAACAGCUUAGGGAGUGUGCACUUUAGGAAAGUAGGUGCUAACCCUGGUUCUCUAACACCCAGGGGAUGGGGCCUAUGCCCAACCUGGUCAUCCAUCAGUCUGUCUCCUCCAUUGUCUGUUCUCUUCCCAGCUCAUCCCCACCCAAGGGUUGAUGCCCAUGUACUCUCUGGGUGGCUGUGGAAAGGGGGGUAAUGGGGACACCACUUUUGCCCAGGGAGUGUGCUUGGCAGCUGUCGGUCAGAGCACUGUUCUCUAAGCCCUGGGCCUCAAAGGCCCUUUCCUGUAUUGGCCCUGUAUUGACUCCAGAAUGUUCUUCCACAACGAUAACUGGAGACAACCUCAGUUGGUAGUGCCCUGUAGCCUCAGGCCCUGGUCACGUCUGUCAUUUUACCUGCCUCUGCCACAUUUCAUGGCUACACAUCUGGUUGCCCAGGAGAGCCUGGGGCAAUGUUGGACCUGUAUACCCAGUGGGACCGGUCCUCACUGCCUGCCACUGAGCAGGAGUCCCUUCCUCUGCAGGGAAGGGUGGCUCCCCACACCUGGGUAGCUCCCAGCAGCCUUUCCAAAUGGGAAUGUUGAUCUGGAACUAGGGGUAUCACCUCCAAGGCCUUUUCAGGUUAGGCAGGUAAUAUACACGACCUAGGCUGGGUGUAACCUGAAGCAGCUCCAGCAUGCUUUCUGGAUGUCAAGGUCCCACACUUAAGUCUAACUGUAUCCUGUGGGCCCAGGGUUGCCAGAUCUCUUCCAUUUUCCAGAAUGGAAUCCUGAUUUCAUAUGUGCUUAAUUUGUAAAUAUUGACAUCUAAUCUGAAUUUGUCAAGAGUGGGCUGAAUUUGUCCUGGGUUCUCUAGUUUGCUGGACCAUGUGAUGGGCUUUUGAUGUGUCCCUGUCAUAUUGUGGACAAUAUGACACAGACUUUCCAUGGGGUGUUCUGAGCCAGCCCUUACCUGUUGGUUGUUUUGUUUAUUCUACAAACCAAAACACUGGUCAUCUGACCUGAUAAGACUAUGUGACUCCCUCUUGGUGCAGGAGAAAGCCAGCAGGCAGUGUUGGUCAAUAGAUCAAAAUACUUUGGUGAUUUGUGGGGACAGGAAAAUGAAGAAUACUGGAGAAAGUAAGGCUGUUGAAGCCUGAGGGAAGGGGACUUUGUACUCUGUACCAGGUGGGGCGGGGCUGCUUUUGUUGUGACUCCUCAGCUGCCCUUGGCAGUACUGAAGGCGCAGCACCUAGCACGGCAGCUGACCUGGGGUGCUGAGAGCCUGAGUUCCCAUUUCCUCUUGAAAUAUGCAAAUAGGCGGGCUAGAACUCAUGUGUAAUUGACAGGUGUAACUGAACAAAUAGGCAUUAUCCCUCUGAAAACAAGAUGGUGCGUGUAGUGACCCAAAUUAAAUGUGUUUUAUUGGUCAAUUAAUCAAGGCUAUAAGAAUUAAAUAAGUAGGUCUUAAGGCAGGUAGGUAAAGGGAAUCAUCUUCACUCCUAAGUUCAGAAAGGAAACGAGGGGACAUCCAGAGGCUCCAGGUAGUAGGAUGGUCACAGUUGGGUGCCUUUUAAUGCAAUUCCAAGGUGGUGAGACUUGGGCCUUACCUUCACAAUGUUUGGGGCUCUUUCCCCUAGAAAAAAGGCUAGAAGUCUGUGUCUGACUGUGGGUGGCUGAGGUUCCAGCAGUAGCCCUGGCAUAACUUGACAGUGUUGAGGGCAGCCUAGGCUGCUGUAGAACAAGUGUCAUACUACAACUUGGCAAGGCCGGUGUGGGUGACCUGGGGGUGACCCUCCUUGGUGGAGGGGUAGGCUCCAGUGGUCCAGCCUCUGUCUCUGAUUAAGUGGUGGCAAGAGCCUUCCUAAGCUCCUCACUUCUCUUGCGGUCAACAUCUUCCAUUUCCCUUAGUUUCUGCAAAGGCAUCAGGAAAGCUGGUGUCACAGAUAGGAUUUUUUUUGUUGUUGUACUGGGGUUUGAACUCAGGGCUUCAUGCUUGCUAGAUGGGCACUCUACUGCUUGAGCCAUACCUCCAGCCUGGGUAAUUUCAAGAGCACCAUG